AUGGAAUCCAUUCUUGACUUAUCCAAAGAUCUUGAUGUCAAGCUAUUUGACCAAAUAGUGGAAACAUUUUACAAGGGUUCAGGUGACGAGCAGAAAAAGGCCCAGGAAAUUCUUACGAAGUUUCAGAAUCACCCUGAUUCAUGGACUAAAGCCGAUCAAAUACUUCAGUAUUCCUCAGAUUCUGAAAGCAAAUAUAUUGGUCUUUCGAUUCUUGAUAAUCUUAUAAAAAGUCGCUGGAAGGCGCUUCCUGAUGAUCAACGACAGGGUAUCAGGAAUUUUGUUGCUAGUAUGAUUAUUUCGAUGUGUCAGGAUGAUUCUCAAUUUGAAUCACAGAAAGCGUUGAUCAAUAAAUGUGAUUUGACUUUGGUUCAAAUUUUGAAGCAGGACUGGCCCCAAAACUGGCCAAAUUUUAUUCCUGAAUUGGUUCAAUCCUCUAGAGCAGGUUAUAAUGUUUGUGAAAAUAAUAUGAGAAUAUUAAGGUUAUUAUCAGAGGAAAUUUUCGAUUAUUCAGCUGGACAAAUGACUCAAGCAAAGGUAACUGCUCUUAAAACGCGAUUGUGCGAUGAGUUUGGAGAAAUCUUUAAAUUAUGCUUUGAGAUCCUUGAUAAGGCGGAUAAGCCAAGCGUUAUUUUAGCGACUUUGAAUGCAUUAGAGAAGUAUAUACCAUGGAUACCUUUGGGUUUUGUGUUUGAAACAGAUCUACUCAACUUAAUUACAGGAAAGUUUUUGCCCGAGAAUGGCUUUCGAAGAGCCGCUCUUAAGUGUUUAGUAGAGGUUUCCCAAUUGGUUGCACCUCAGUAUGAUUCCCAGCUUGUGCAAAUGUUUGCUAUGGCGAUUCAUGCUGUCGAUAAAACAAUAGCACCAGAUUCUGACUUGAAAAUUUUUUAUCGGAGGGCACCUACUGCCGAGCAACAGUUCUUACAAGAUUUGGCUUUGUUUUUGGUAACAUUUUUAGGUGACCACUUAAAGGCUGUGGAAUCUCGUCCGGAGCUGAGGGAGUUAAAUAUCACGGCACAUAAUUAUCUUAUUGGGCUUUCCAGAAUUCAAGAGCGAGAAUUGUUCAAAACGUGCCUUGAUUAUUGGUCAAUACUUGUUAGUGGCUUAUACGAUGAGAUUAGAUCCCUUCCUCAGCGACUUGCGCAAAGCCCAUUGCAACGUCUCGAAUAUAACUCACGAAAUGGUGCACCAAAUCCAGAUAUAUUUGAGGGUCUUCAGUUGAGGAGAAAUAACUACAAGGACGUUCUAUCGAAGUUAAGGCUUGUUAUUAUAGAAAAUAUGGCUCGUCCUGAAGAAGUGUUGGUCGUCGAAAAUGAUGAAGGUGAAAUUGUUCGAGAAUUCGUGAAAGAAAGUGAUACCAUUCAGUUGUAUAAAGCUGAACGCCAGGUUUUAGUCUAUUUGACACAUUUGGAUGUCAAUGAUAUGGAAAAUAUUAUGUCAGCCAAAUUGGCUGCACAAAUUGAUGGCUCUGAGUGGUCUUGGCAUAAUAUAAAUACUUUAUGUUGGGCUAUAGGAUCUAUCUCUGGUUCAAUGGAUGAAGAAAGAGAGAAAAGAUUUCUUGUCACUGUGAUCAAGGACCUUCUUGCUCUAACAGAAAUGAAGCGUGGAAAAAGUAAUAAGGCCGUUGUUGCUUCCAAUAUAAUGUAUAUUGUGGGUCAAUACCCUCGUUUCUUGAAGGCCCAUUGGAAAUUUCUUAAAACAGUGGUGAACAAGUUAUUUGAGUUCAUGCACGAAACCCAUGAAGGUGUUCAAGACAUGGCAUGUGAUACAUUUAAUAAGAUAGCUACCAAAUGUCGCAGGCAUUUUGUAAUUCAGCAAGCCGGCGAAACGCAACCUUUCAUCAAUGAAAUAAUACAGAACAUCCAAGAGACUACAGCUGAUUUGCAACCCCAGCAAGUGCACUCGUUCUAUAAAGCUUGCGGUGUAAUUGUUUCCUCUCAAAGUGAUUCCCAGAUGAGAUCGCAUCUUCUUGCUACUUUAAUGCAUCUCCCUAAUGUUGCAUGGCAUACUGUGGUCAAUCAAGCGGGUAGUGAUCCAAAUUUACUUUCUAACCCCGAGAUUGUUAAAAUUAUUGCCAAUAUUUUGAAAACGAAUGUCGCUGUUUGUGAACCAUUGGGCUCUGGGUUCUCUCCUCAAUUAAUGGGUAUAUAUAAUGACAUGUUAUCUUUAUAUGGCGCAGUGAGCCGUUUAAUUUCGGCUGCUGUAACUUCAGAUGGAGCUAUUGUCACCAAGACGCCGAAGGUUCGUGGAUGGAGAACCAUAAAGAAGGAAAUUCUUACUCUUCUUGAGAUAUAUGUGUCAAAGGCAAAUGAUGAACAACAAAUUGUGAAUGAAAUUGUUCCAAAUCUUUUAUCAACGAUUUUACAAGAUUACAAGGAGAGUGUUCCGGAUGCCCGAGAUGCGGAAGUUUUGCAUUGUUUGUCCACUGUUGUUGCUAAAGUCGGAAACCGAAUUCCCGACGGAACUGUUCAAAUUCUGGCUUCCGUUUUUGUUCCAACAUUAGAUAUGAUCAACAAAGAUUUUACAGAAUAUCCUGAGCAUAGAGUUGAAUUUUAUAAGCUUCUCCGUGAGAUCAACUUAAAGGGAUUUAAUGCAUUACUCCAAUUUCCUCCUGAAUCUUUUCAAUCUUUUGUGGAUGCUAUAUUGUGGGCACUCAAGCAUAAUAAUAGAGAGGUUGAAGAUACAGGCCUACAGUUAUGCUUAGAGCUUCUUAGUAACAUCGAGCAGCUUGGGCCAUCAAACAAAUUUGCUAUCGGAUUUUAUCGUAAUUAUUUCUUUUCGAUCAUAUCUGAUGUUUUCUUUGUUAUUACGGACUCAGAUCAUAAAUCAGGAUUUAAAUUCCAGUCACAGCUGAUAGCAAAAAUGAUUGGUUUGGUUUGUGAAAAUAAAAUAUCAGGUUUCAUUUAUGCGGAUGGCUCCGCUCCUGCUGGAACAUCCAACGAGAUGUAUUUAAGAAAUUAUUUGGGUAAUAUGUUGAUGCAAGCCUUUCCCCAAUUACGGGGUGAGCAAGUCUCGAGCUUUUUACAAGUUUUGUUCGGUAGUUAUCAGAACCGAUCAAGAUUUAAAGGUGUGUUGAGAGACUUUUUGGUACAGAUAAAGGAAGUCGGGGGGGAUCCAACCGACUAUUUGUAUGCUGAUGACAGAGAAGAAGAAAAGAAGGAAAAGGCUCGUCAAGAAAAGGAAAAGGCAAAAUUGGUUGGUGGCUUGUUGAAGCCAUCAGAGAUUGAUGAUUAA